AUGGAAUCAUCGUCGACUUUAUUUGUUAACAACACGAUUAAUUUAACUAGAUCAGAUUUGAUAACUUAUUGUUCAAAAUAUGGUUUGAUCAAAUCAUGUACAAUGACCGACAGUUAUUCAUUUGUUGUAUUUGAAUCUAAAGAAGAUGCAUGCAGAUUUUUAGACGAUAGUCCUCAUCAAGUCAAUAACUCUUCGUUGGCUGUUGCAGUUAGUCGGCGUACAGUGGAAGAUGAUGAAAUAGUGAGAAAAAGACUGUUUGUAAGCGGGUUAGAUUCGAGUAUAACAAAAAGUGAUUUACACAAUUAUUUCAGUAAAUAUGGUCAGAUUAAUAAAGUAUCAAUGGUUGAUGAAAAAUCCGCUUUUAUCCAUUACGAAAAUGAUCAAAGUGUACAACAGAUUAUUCUAAUACCAAAUUAUCAUCGUUUAAAUGGGAUCUAUGUAAAUGUAAAUAGAGCAGCUGGUACACAGCUACAAUUCAAGAUAGCACCCGCAUUAUCAGAAGAUAGUUCGUUAAAUAGUGUAAUUUCAACCGUCAUACAGCAAACAGAACCGACUUCUGAUGCGGUUUGUGUUGAAACACCCAUCGAUUUAUGGAGUCAAGAAAAAUCGAAUGAAUUGCAAUUCCAAGAUAAACUACUUCGACUAGAAUAUUAUUAUCGUGAUCUAUUGCGCUCAUACACUUUAGCCUAUGCGGAAAUUGAACGACUAACAGAGCUUAACAAUAAUCUCAUGAAACAAGUAAACACAUCGAGCCUAAAUGAGAAUGAUAAAUACGCAAAAUAUAUAUGGAUGACAAAUGAAUAUCAAAAAUUAGAAGGUGAAGUCAACUUUAUCAAAGAGGAGAAUCGCACGAUGAAAGAGAAAUUAGUGGCGUUGCAAAAACAAUUUAGCGUUGAGGUGAGUUUA